UUGAAAUCAGCAGCCUCAAUGUCUGAGGUCCCACGCCUCAGAAGGGAGUAUGAAAAUGUUUGCAGUAUCACUUGAGCCACUCACAAUCAGUAUUGCAAAAGAGUGAAAAAUACAGAAAUCUGGCGCCUGACAAAGGGCAGGAAGCUUUGCUGCCAUGAGCCCUCCAGCUGCCAAUCCCAAGAUUCUGUAUCGGAAUUCCCGCCUGCUCCGUAUGGUGUUCCUCCAGCUCCAUCGCCAACAGAGAGCUGACUUAUUUUGUGAUGUUGUCUUGCAAGCAGAAGGGGAAGCUGUUCCAGCACACUGUUGCAUCCUAUCAGCCUGCAGCCCCUUCUUCACAGAGCGUUUGGAGCGAGAAAUGCCCCCCAGUGGACACAAGGUGGUGCUGGAGAUCGGAGGGCUGAAGAUCGGGACGUUACGUAAGCUGGUGGAUUUUCUCUACACCUCUGAGAUGGAGGUGUCCCGGGAAGAAGCCCAGGAUGUUCUUGCAGCUGCACGGCAGCUUCAGGUGUCAGAGCUGGAGUCACUACAGCUAGAGGGAGGAAAGUUAGUAAAAAAAUCACUGGGCCGGCGAUUAAACCGGGACUGCCUACAUUUGUCCAGUCCGUUAACCAUCCCAGCAGUCAGCCUGAUGAAGUCUCCCCCUGCCUGUGGUGGUAGAUCCUUGACAUCCCGGCCGGCUUCAAACAAGCAACAUACAGCAAUGAAACUUCCAUGCAUCAAGAAAAUGAGCAGCAAUGGCAAUAUUGACCAGAAAGACACCAAGAAGCAAAAGCCAGCAGCACUGCUGAGUGAGGAUAAAGAGCAGAUGCCUGAAGGCUCAACAGUUACUGCUGAACCCCUUAAAACAAAAGGUAAAAAACAUCCUGCAGGCAUGGGGAACAAUAUAUUGGGCAACGAUGAGCGUGGUGAUCUGCAUACAGAGGAUGGGACUGGAGACAAGCAAGCUACAGUCAGCUUGCAGGAAUCAAAAAAGAUUAAGCUCAGUCGCUCAAAGCUCGGCUCGCCACCCUUCCCUGUACCUUGUGCUAUCAAAGACCCUGGUACUGUGGAAUACAGCAAAUCCUCAAGGUUCAGCAGGCGCCUCUGGAGGCAGAAAAGUCUUCCUAUUGAGGAGGCAGAAGGAGCAGAAGAUAGCUGUUUGCAUGGCUUCUGGAGCCCUCCUCUCCCACCAAAGGCUGCUAAGAGUAGAAAGCGCAACUCCAGUGAGCCAGCUUCCUGCUCAGAUCCUCCCCAAAAGGCAGGAUUGAUUGGCCGGGUAAAGCUUAGGAAACUUAUCAGUGGUGGCUGCUGGGAAGUGGUACAGGAAUCGCCUGCAGCUCAGUCCACAAGGGCAGAAAACAUUGGGUGUGCUAUGAAAGAUGAGGGCUCGCAAUCUCCACUCAGACGACCUGAGCAAGAGGUCGGAGAUGCACAACAGCCAGCUACCUCAACUAGACUACUGCCAACAAAAAUGGAAGUGCCACCUCUUAGUGAAAAGAACCUGGUAGGACAGGCAGACAGCAAGGUAGCCUUGGAUGAAGGGGACCAUUAUAAGCUGAAUGUGUUUAUGCUAGACCAUCUGGCUGAGGACGAGCAGUAUGACAAGUUGGCUUCAGCCGGUGAGUUGGAACACAUGCUUGAUUUGCUUCUGGCAGAUGACGACGUCAUUGGGGAAUCCCAAGGGGCCAAUGCUCCAGAAUGCACAAAUUCUUCAUGCCCUGUACCAGGAGAAAAUAAAAGUCCUCUGGAAAGUGCCAGAGCAGAAAAAAAAGAUAGGUGUUCUGCAGAAGUACCUGUUUGUCCUCAGUGGGUCAAGACAGAAAACAGUCCCCUAAAAGGGGAACUGGAGGCUCUUGAUCUGAAGAUCAACAGAGAAACUCAUGGUUCAGCAAAUGGGGGUCCUUUGCUAGACCCUGUUCUAGGCUAUCUUCCAUUUGUGACAUCUGAAACAAGUAGUGACUGUCUUACUUUGUACAGACCAGCCUCUCUCCAGCUGGAUGGUUGGACAGCUCAAUAUCAACUAUCUGCAUCAGAGAAUGGGUCUGCAAAGCUUGGUGAGCCUUUGCCCAUCACUUUGACAGGUGCUGAAGACCAAGAGUUUCUGUCCUUUGAAAUGGGAACUUCAGCUGCAGAAACACAGCUCCAUACUCGGGCAAUGCUAAGGAGCCCUUUGCAGCACAACCUGGACUGUGAACUGGCACCCAGCUUGAAAGAGGAAGAGAUAGAUGUUGGUGGGGUAGAGGAACUCUUUGUUUGCAUUGAAUGUGUCCGGCCAGAUCCCUCUCCAGUGUCUGAAACUGAGGUGGAUGUCAUGAGCUAGUGAGUGCAGGACAUGGCAAAGAGUUGCCUUGACUACCCAGUGAUGUGGGGUCAGGCCUGGGACCUUGUCAGGGGCACUUGCUGAGGGCCCUAGAACUCAGAAAGGCCCACCACUGUCCUGCUUACCCUGGUGCAGUUGGGAUCCCACCUGGCACUGCUGCUGCCUCCACCAUCAUUGGGGACCUGUCUCUGCUGCUUGCUGCCAUUGCCAGUCACUUAUUAUCCCCUCCGCCUGGAUAGGUAUCUCCUGUGGCUGGCACAUACAGCACUUGUGGUUAACAGGGAGGCUCAGGCAUGUGGUGGGCAGCCAACACGUUAAGUUCCACAAAAUGCAAAGUCUGUGAAGUAGAUGUUGGUCAUUAUAUUCUGGGGAAUCUAACAUGGUGGCUGCCUGCUGCAGGUCGAAGCUGAACCAAGGCUUGGCUGAGACAUUUUCCCACCUGAAAGUGGGGAAAGUACCUGCCAAGGAAAUGCAUCCAGGGAAACUACGUGAAUGACUGACUGGUGAUGGUGGCAGCAGUAAGUAGCACCAGGCAUGGUCCCAGUCACUUGUCUGUUGGUGGGGCCACCCUCACUGGAGGGGCUCCUUGAUGUGGUGGUGAGGGUGAGCUGUAGAGCUACUGCUGGCCUGCCCUCCCCCUUUGGUUUGGCUCCCUAAGUACAGUGCGCUCUCAUUUCAGCCUGCUAUGGCUGUUCCUCCACAUGACCACCACCAUCCUCAUGGCCACAUGCGACUCCACUGGCAGGCUGUAGGAGUCAGCCCUUGAGUGGGAUCUCUCCAUCUCCAGCCCCCCCCUUCUUGAAAAGAUGGAGGGAAAGAAAAACAAAACACAUUACCAGGAGAGGUAGUGGGGAUGCCUCCAGGAAGGGCCUUAUCAGCAGCAUUGUGCCAAGGUCCCACAGCAGUUUGCCAGCAGCCCUGUGUGGGGUGGCCCUCAGUAUUGUCCUUAAAUGCCAUGGCAAUUAAUAAUGGGGUUGUGGUGUAAAUAUAUUAAUAGUAUCUUACUAAAUUUUAGGUACUGUUUUUGAAGUGCUGAGGGCAAAGCUCCCCUUCAUUUUCAAAGGGGGACGGGAAGGUUACUUCACCAUCAUCACCUUCAGCCUAAUCUAAUCAUGGCUGUUAUGUUUAGAAUUCUGUUUGUGUACAGUUCAGGCUGACGGCAUUGUUUGGUAGGCUGGGUAGAAAUGAGUAACUAAAAAAACCACAACAACCCUACAGCAGUGUAUCUAUCAAAAGUAAUGAGGCUUCUUAAGGUCGACAAGAACUGCACAUCAGCCUGGUUCUCUUUAUAACUAGGGUGGGGAAGCACUGGCCCUCUAGCUGUUGCUGGACUACAGUGCCCAUUGGCUAUCCCUGGCUGAGGCAGAUGAAAGCUAUAGUUCAACAACAUGUGGAGGGCCACUGGUUCCCACCCGCUUUAUAUCUGUUGUCCCAAAUAAUGGAAGAGGGGAUAGCUGCCCCAUGGUGAACAAAAGGGACUAUGAACCCUAGUCACAGCAAGCGUGCAGUCUAAUUAAGUGAAGUCAAGUUGCAUAGACUCUGGCCUGUCUGCUGUCUGUGUUUUCCUCAAUAAUUCAAGCUUCUGUACCUCCUUUGUAGCUUUAAUUUUUAAUUGUGUGUGGCUAAAUCAAUAUCUACACUUCUGUUAACCUUUAUUGUUAGGGAAGAUAACUUUUUUCUUAUAACCUGAUCUAGUGAGCAGUUAUACUCACACGGGCAACACUGGGGCAGACACAUGUGCCCUCCUACUGUGCUCAUCAGCUAUGUGCAUAUACUUCCUCUCUUGUCACAAAGGUCACAUUGGAGCGAGGAACAGCAGAACCACCUUUGCUGAUGUCACUUACUACUCAGAGUGUCUACUGUACUUUUGAGGAGUGGGUGCUCUUUGGGCUGCGCGACAACAGCUAAAUGCAACAGCAUUUAUUGGAGCAACUGCCUGGCUGGAAAUGUUAAAGCCCCCCCUUAAGGAAACCUCAAGAGGCUGCCAUCAGUAAAUCCCUUGCAUUCCCACUACUUUUGGUGGGACUGACCACUUUCACUGUUACUGUUCUGACAAUGCUGGCUUACUAUCUGUGAAAGCUGAUGCAGUAAACAGUUACAUGCCCUGUUUUUUUUAUUUUGUAUCGAGAUGGCUCUCCAAAGGCUAAAAACUAAUGUUAAUCCACUUGUUUUACAUUCAAACCGUUUCCGUUGUUUACAGCUUCUUCAAGGAGAGGUGUAUUCAAGUGCAGUGACCCAUACCUCCAUGAAGCUGUGCCAACUACUUCCUUCUGACAGCCAAAGCUCUCAUUGUAUGGAGAACAUUCUGAAGAGUAGAUGGCACAAAGGCCAGAAUAAAUGUUGAGUUGUGACUUUGUUCAAAUAAAGUUACUACAUUUUCCUGAGCCUGUUUCCCCCCCCCCCUCAAAUUUUUGGUAGCUUAUAGGUUGUUGUCAUAUUGGUAGAAAAUAAAUCUAUACACAAGCAGUUUGUUAGGAGGAGGAAGAUUUAUGGACUCAGUCUUCAGAUUCAUUGGAAACCUGUAUCUCUUCUAACAGUGUCAUGGAUGCUGCACAAAACUACUCUUUUAAGCAACAGGGAGCGAUGGGGGGGUAGAGGAAUGUUUAUUUAAACCAUAUUUCCCCAAACUGAUGCUCUCUAGGACUACACUUCCCUUCAAUCUCAGACAGCAUGGCCAGUACUGGUGGGAGAUGUAUCUGAUGUAGAGCAUCUGGAGAGCACCAGGUUAGGGAAGAUUGGUUUAAAACUCUUAACCAUCCUUUGGUUGAAGAUUCCAGGGUGGUGUGCCAAAGUGUGAAAACAAUUAAAUAAAUACAAUGCAUUCAAAAAUAACAAGAUAAAGAGCAGGCUAAAAACAAACUAAAGAAUAAAAAGUUUCUAGAUUUCCAUCUAAAAUGUUUGGUUAAAUAGUAAAAUCUUAAUGUGAUGUUGAUUAAUGUCCGUCCAUACCACUUGUGUCUCCCUAGAAAGGACAUUCCAAAGUCAGGGUAUUGCUACAAAAAAGGCCCUCUCCUUUGUAAUUAUGUAACUGACCUUUGCUAAAGAUGGUACAUCAUAAUUUAGUUUUCUGUGUUUAUUCUAAAAGUUCUAUUGAUUUUAUCUGUAUUAAUGAUACUUUAAUUGUAUAUUUGUUACUAGUUGUAGAUUUUUGCUGUGUUUAUCUUCAAUCUAUGUGUCACAGAGCUGUUCGAUUAAGCAGUUUAUAAGUCUUUCCAAAUAACUACUAGGAUAAGGGGCUUCACAGAAUAGCUUAAGACAGGGAUUUCCAAACUAUGGCCCAUGACCACUGGUGGUCCAUGGCACAUUUGUAAAAAUGCAAUUAAAAAUCAUGCGGCCUCUAGCACAGCACAUAACUACAACAGGCAGAAAAAAACAUUAAGUGGUCUGCUAAGAGCCUCAGCAAUUUUCAAGUGGUCCACGGGGGGAAAAGUUUGGAAACUACUAUCUUAAGAGAUUGGUGGGAAGAGGUACUUUAAUUAUCUGGGUCCCAAACUGUUUAUGGCUUUGAAAGGAAUCUUAAAUUGGGCUCAGAAGUGAAUAGGAAGCCAACAUAAUUAUUUCAGAAGAGGUGUAAUAUGAGCCACCUUGGCAAUACCAGACAAAAUUUUGGCAGCAAAGUUC